AUCAUGGAUGCAGCCAACAAAGGCAUGUCUCCUGCUUCUUCAUUCCUGAGAGCACACACUGAGGAUGUCCCCUACAAAUAUUACUUUGCACAUUCCAGCAGCUCUCAACUAGAAACAGACAAUCCAGAGAAGCCCUUUUCCUGUUCAGAAUGCGGUAAGUGCUUCAAAUACAGCAAUCUUUUGAUGCAUCACGCCAAGUCCCAUCAGAAAAAGCCCCUGAUCUGUUGCGAAUGUGGGAAGCAGUAUUCAUGCAAGACAGAGUUUGAGAUCCAUCGAAGGAUUCACACAGGUGAAAAACCCUUUGUGUGUUCAGAAUGUGGGAAGGGCUUCAGGAGGAAGUCUCACAUGUUGCGCCAUCGGCGGAUCCACGGAGAGAAACAACUCUUUCCGUGUCCAGAAUGCACCAAGUGCUUCCACCGUUUAGAUGUGCUCAAUCAGCACCGUAAAAUACACAGAGCUAACUUGCCAAACUCUGAUAUGGAAAACCUGCAUGCAAGUAACAUGGACAACUCACAACCAAACAACCAUGAAGAGAUACCAACUCAAAACACAUCUACAGAUUGUGAGGAAAAUGUUGGCUUUGCCUGUCCGGACUGUGGUAAGUGUUUUCAUUCUUUGCAUGUUCUCGAAGAACACCGUAAAAUACACCAAGCCAAUUCUUCCAGCUCUGACUUGGAAGACCCUGAUAACAUGGACCGCAUGGAAACAAAUGGUCAAGGGGAGUCGCAAAACCCAUCUACGACAUAUGAAGAAAAAGUUGGCUUUGCUUGUUCGGAAUGUGGGAAAUGCUAUAAUGAAAUGUCCCAGCUAGAGAAGCACCAACGAGUACACAUGGGAGAAAAGCCAUUCUCGUGUACUGAAUGUGGCAAAUCUUUCAGGUUUGAGGCCCUUUUGGAGCUCCACUGGGGAAGCCACAUCGCCACAAUCUCCUGUCCCGAGUGUGGCAAGAGCUUUGCCAGCCAGAGCCUUCUAAACUACCAUCUAAAGGUCCAUGCAGGAGCCAAUGAGUGCGUUUGCUCAGAAUGUGGAAAAGAGUUCCCUAGCCGGUCGCAACUUGUUGACCACUACCGGACUCAUACCGGAGAGAAACCUUACAUGUGCCCUGACUGCGGAAAGUACUUUAGGCGGAAGGCGCAUGUGGUCAGGCACCGCAAGAUUCAUGCAGGAAAUAAACCGUACUCUUGCCUCGAAUGUGGAAAGUGCUUUGAGAGCCAGGAAUUUUUGAGCCGCCACACCAAAAUGCACCGGCGUAAAAGGCCACACUCGUGUUCUCAGUGCGGCAAAAGUUACACAAAAAAGUCUCACCUUUCCCGCCACCAGCGAACCCAUGCUAAAGAAACGCCAUACACGUGCGCCGAGUGCGGCGAGUGCUUCCAAUACCCCGCCCUCCUGAAUCACCACUUAAAACUCCACACCGGCCAAACCAGCUACGACUGUCCUGUGUGCGACAAGAACUUCAGCUCCCGGUUGGCACUGGCUAGACAUCAGAAGACCCACUCCAAGGAAAAGUCUUUUAUUUGCAUGGAAUGCGGAAAGAGUUUUACCUUCUACUCUCACUUUAUGAGGCAUCAAGCCACUCACACAGGAGAAAAACCCUAUGAGUGCCAGGAGUGCGGAAAGCGCUUCACCCGCGAUGCACACCUUGCCCGUCAUAGGCGAACCCACAAAAGUGGAAGAGCUUCACAAGUUUGAGUUGACAGGGAAAAAAAACUGGUUUAGAUGACAAAUUAUUUAUUACCUUUCUUAGUUUUAUGUUGUUGAGUUAUAUGUUUUCUGUAGCAUGAGAUACAAUGAUUUUGGUCAUUUUUGUGUCUGUUUGGAAUCUAAAAUAGGGACUUUGUUCAAAGGGA